AUGGCUACGACGUUGAGACGUCGUCUGCCGCCAGACAACCGACAUGUCGAGGCUCCUGGACGGGACGAGAGCCCGGCCGACCACCCCGCAACCCCGGCCCAGACGGCUGCACCGAGAAAGUCGAAACGACGCAACACCUUCAUCUUCCUCCUGGGUGGCCUCUGCGGCAUCAUCGCCGCCGGCUUCAUGGCGUCGAGCAACGACCUGAUCGACCUGCCCGAGUUUUCCGACCUCAAUAUCGAUAGCUUCCUCGACGCCAUGCCCGCCGGGCUCGUGAGCGACUUCAAGGACCUGGUGCAGGGCGAGCGCGACGUGGCCGACGCCUACGACUCCUUCUCGGUCGGGCUGAAGGCGCACGCCGAGGGCAUGGGGGCGCACCACCCCGUCGUCAUGGUCCCCGGUGUCAUCUCGAGCGGGCUCGAGUCGUGGGGCACGUCCAACAUCUCGAGGGCCUACUUCCGCAGGCGGCUGUGGGGUAGCUGGACCAUGAUGAGGGCGCUGGUGCUGGACAAGGAAGUGUGGAAGCAGCACAUCAUGUUGGACAAGGAGACCGGACUGGACCCGCCACUGGUCAAGCUCCGGGCCGCCCAGGGCUUCGACGCGACCGACUUCUUCAUCACCGGCUACUGGAUCUGGAGCAAGAUUCUGGAGAAUCUGGCCAGCAUCGGCUACGACCCGACCAACUCGUUCACUGCGGCUUACGACUGGCGACUGUCGUACCCCAACCUCGAGGUGCGCGACCAGUACUUUUCGCGCCUCAAGUCGUACAUCGAGACAGCCGUCGCGUUUGAGGGCAAGAAGACGACACUCAUCUCCCACAGCAUGGGCAGCCAGGUCGUCUAUUACUUCUUCCACUGGGUGCAGUCGGAUCUGGGUGGCAAAGGCGGUCCCGACUGGGUCGAGACGUACAUUGACUCGUGGGUCAACAUAAGUGGGUGCAUGCUCGGCGCGGUAAAGGACCUUACGGCCGUCCUCUCUGGCGAGAUGCGCGACACGGCCCAGCUCAACGCGGCCGCCAUCUACGGCCUGGAAAAGUUCCUGAGCAGGCAGGAGAGGGCGGAGCUGUUCCGCGCCAUGCCUGGCAUCUCGUCGAUGCUCCCGAUGGGCGGCAACACCAUCUGGGGCGACGCGCUAGGGGCGCCCGACGACCCCACGGGGGCCAACUUCACCUACGGGUCGGUCCUCAACUUCCGGGAGGGCGCCAACAUGUCGGCGCCCGCCAAGAACCUGACGGUGGACGAGUCACUCCUGUACCUGUGGAACACGACCGAGGACUGGUACAGCCGACAGGUCAAGGGGAGCUACUCGCACGGGGUGGCGCACAGCCGAGCGCAGGUCGAGGCCAACGAGAAGGACCCGUCCAAGUGGAUCAACCCCCUAGAGACGAGGCUCCCCCUCUCGCCUAGCCUCAAGAUCUACUGCUUCUACGGCGUGGGCAAGCCGACGGAGCGCAACUACUAUUACCGCGACGCCGAACCCUACCCGGGCUCCAGCCUCAACAUGACGAUCGACGUGGGGUACACGAGCGGAGACGUCGACCACGGCGUCAUCAUGGGGGAAGGGGACGGCACGGUCAACCUCCUGUCCACGGGGUACAUGUGCAACCGCGGGUGGAACAUGAAGCGGUACAACCCGGCCGGGGCCAAGGUCACGGUCGUCGAGAUGCCCCACGAGCCCGAGAGGUUCAACCCCCGCGGCGGUCCCAGGACAGCAGACCACGUCGACAUCCUGGGGAGGCAGAACCUGAACGAGCUCAUCCUCCGCGUGGCGUCGGGUAGGGGCCAGGGCAUAAGCGACUUUGUCGUCAGCGCGAUCCGAGAGUACGCUGCCAAGGUCAAGAUCUACGACGAUGACGAGGAGGCGCCGACGGAGGGGAAGGAUGCAGUCAAGAAUAAUGUUUCCACACCGUAG